CAGAAACCGUUUUGUUCACCUUUCUAUACUGUUUUUAAAGUGAAAAAUAUUAAUUUACUUAGAUUAUUUUUAAUAAUUUUUAUAUCAGCGAUGCUUUAUAGCAUUAAAACAUUGAAAUACGAUAUUUGAUGGAUCAUUUUUUGUGCUACAAAAGUAUAAUAAUUCGCUAUAAUUCUGUGACCUAACCUCAAAAUUUUUAUUUAUAACAAAAAAGUUAAAUGUUUUGUUUAAAAAAUGUGUUGGUAUUGAUUUGAAAUAUGUUAUCUGUUGGGAAAAUAAAUGUUUUCAUUUAUUUUUGAAUUAUAAUAAUAAUAACAACUGAAACAAAUUUUUUUCAAAAUGGAUAAAAAUUCAUCAACAACACCAAAAACAACACCUAAAAACAAAUUCAAAAUCAAAAGGAUUGGUGUAACUCCAGACAGUGACAAGAAGUCGAAUUUAAAUUCUGUAGCAGGUGCUCGUUUUAUUUCUCGUCACAAAUCUACGACGAGUUUGCACGAUCUUUCUCUCAAUGUUACUUCAGCUUCGGCACUUAAGAGAAAAAUUGGUAGUACUCGUCAAUCUCUAGCACCAACGAGUUUAGUUAAUUCUUUUGGAUUAAAAAAAAUUGAACCCGAUAAUGCAGAUACAGAAACUGGUUUACUUUAUGAUGAUUAUUUAAGAACGUUAAUGGCUGAUGUUCUAGUUAAAAAGAAAGCAAAGGAAAAUGAAAAGAAAAUUUUAAAUCAAUUAGCGUCGUUAAGUAAAGAGCAAGACUUGGGUGAUGAAAAAUUGAUGAAAAUGAAAUCAAGGGAAAAGGACAUUAAUUAUUUGUCUGCUUUACAAAAUUAUCUCGAUACUUUAGUUACACAAAUUAGAUCAGAAUGUGAAGUUCUGAACGAUUCUUCCGUGAAGGAUGAUCUCGACAAUUUGCGACUUCAAUUGAGUCCAUUUGAUUUUUUACGAUGCCAAGGAAUUGAUCUUCCAUUAACGCCGGCUGAACAAUGCAAGUUUGAAGAAACUCUAAAUCAAUGUUAUAAAACAAUAAAAGAAGUUUGUGAUUUAAUGAAGGAUAAAGGUGAUAAUCUUGAAAAAGUGAAAUUUGAACUUGAAGAAUCUAUUGAUAUUCAAAGAAAAAUUGAGAGUCUUCAAAAAAAUCUUCAUUCGUCAAUGAAUAAUUUACAAAUAUCAGUUAUGAAAUCGUCAUCGCAAUCGUUUGCCGAGAAUAUGCCUUAAAAUGUAACUAGAAUAGAAAUUUAUUUAUUAAAUGUGGCCUUACGGUAAGAAUUAAUAAUUACUAUUUUGUGAUAAUUAUAAUAAUAAUAAUAAUAAUCGACACUUGUUUGUAAAUAUACAUUUUCGAAAUGAUAAAUUUGUAUAUUUCAGUGCCAAGAAUACAAUUUUUUAUAAUUAA